AUGAGCCGUCCUCCAUUGAUGGUACCAGCGCUUCCGCUUCUCAUAUUUCAAGCCGCUACUUGGCAUCAGGCAUGGUUCAAUAUCUGCUGGGAAAGGCUGGAAUCAUCACCCAUCAAUGCUAUUUCGUCACUUGGGCCAGUCGAGAUAUGGCAUAUAUGUCGAUUUGUCGAACCGAAUUUUGCGGAGAAGCUACGGAAAUCAGGCUUAGACCUAGGAAAAUCUCUUCCUGAGGACGCAGCGCCUGGCUGGCAGAGUGUAGCAACCCGAAGAGAUCCAGAGCCGAUGUUCAGUUGGCUUUUGAGUAGUGGUUCCAAGCCGCCCGAAGGGUUCUUGACGUAUAUCGCAACACACAACUGCACUGAAGCGGCGACCUGGGUCAUGGACCAUAUCAAAAGCCAGCAAGACUGGUGUAAUGCUGCACUUGCAGCAGCAGAGAGCGCAGAUGAACGGAGCACCACAAUGUUGGCAAUCAUACUUCCAAAAUUUGCAGCAAAAUGGGGGAUUGGCCAGACUCUGGCCAGAGAUGUUGUGAUAAAAAUUGUGCGCGGGGUGUGUGACGACGUCGCGAAAUGUGACCUACCGAUGAUCUUCGUAGACAAAGAGGAUUAUGCUAUCAAGAAGAUCCGAAUAUUGGGUGGAUCAACUGGAGAAGGUCACGUUGUAGGUAUGAAUAUCAUGGCAGGGAACGCUAGACUGUAUCGACUCGCGUUGGAAUUGGAGAACAAGAAAUAG